AUGAGGAUGGAGGAACCAAAAGAGGAAAUUCGAGAAGAAAUUGUAGUGGAGGAGGAGGAACCGACAGAACAAAACGUAGAGAAUACGGUGGCACCGACCAUCGAAAAGGACGGAAAAAUUAGCGGGGAUCUGCUCGAUUUUAGCUCUUCCGAUAAGAGUAGUUUGAGUAGUAGACCGGAUUCGCCGGAAGACGACGAGGAAGACGUUCGUGUUGUCACUAGGACUACCGCACCUCCACCUCCAACCACAUCGACACAACCAGCACCACUAGACGAGAUGCUUGUCGACAUGUCGCUGGACGAUCCAUCUCCACCACCACGUAAAACUCAACAGCGUUCGGCUCCACCACCGAUUCCAUCGAUGAACACGAUCAUCUCGAAGCCACGCACCAACUCGGUCUCCUAUAUCAAGGGACAAGUCGUGCGGCAGUCGGCAGUGGAGCAACAGACGCUGGCGAAUCAAGUCGUGGAUUUGGUGGCGAUGGGAAUGUCGAAAGGACAGCAACAAGGGACUCAAAUCACUGCGGAGAAGGCGGAAUGGGUUCAGUUGACGUCGGUGGAGAAGGCUGGAGAACCGAAUGAACGGUUGGAAGUGUUGAUUGUCGGGCUGUGUCGGGGUUAUCAGAUUUGGACGAUGAACCAUACCGGCGAGUUCGAAGAAGUGCUUUCCGAACGGCAGGGACCUGUUCGUGCGUUGAAAGUGCUUCCGAACAAUUUGAAACUUCGCAAUCGAACGGACCCAUUCGCAGACUCCCGACCACUCAUCGCCGUCGUCGACGCCUCCUCCCAUCACCCAGAUCGACAGUACUGUUCAGUCACUAUUAUCUCUCUAUUGACUGGAAAAGAGGUGCACAAAAUCAAGUUCGAGGAACCGGUGUGCGCGGUGAAUGUGUCGGAUCAAUUCAUGGUUGUAUCCUUGUCGAAUAUGGCAUAUGCAUACAAUAUUCUCACUUUUGACGAGGUUCGAUUGAUUCGAACCGCGCCGUCGUGUGAGAAUAAUCCGCCAGCGUUGUCGUUGUCGUGUCAACUUUUGGCGUUUGCGGAUACUCAUCUUGACGCGAAUCUCCAAUCCAGUGGAGGACUUGCCGCAGAAGUUGAGGCAACCAACAACGACAAGUACACCGAUCAUAUUUUCAGUGCCAUGAGCUACUUCAGUCGAGGUGUCAAAUCGAUCAGUGAAUCAGUUGGCGGUGGAUCUGGAAACUCUACGAAAAACAAUCAACCACAAGGAGUGAUCACUGUUCUCAACUUGGCUGCCACGAAAGAAGACGAAUCCAACGGAGUGAUGUGUCACUAUGUGGCUCACGUGGAUCCCAUCUCUUAUAUCACUUUCUCACCGGAUCAACGGCUGGUUCUCUCCGCUGACGCCAACGCGAACGUCUUCAAUAUCUUCCUUCUGAUGCCCCACGCCACUAUGUCUUCCCUAGCUUCCGUACAACAUUUAUACAAACUGAAUCGUGGAAGCACACCGGCUAAAGUGGUGUCCACCGCGUUUUCAGAGGACUGUCGUUGGUUGGCAAUCACUACGAAUCACGCGACAACUCACGUCUUCGCGGUGUGUCCUUUCGGUGGAAAACCGAAUCAGAGAACUCAUGGAGACACUUUUGUGAAUAAGGAGUCGAGAUUCCAUAGAUCCGCCGGGUUAACCGACGCUGCUGAUGUCACCGCAUCGAUUGGUCCAAGUCGUCAUAAAGCCAUGUCUGACUCGUGCUCCUACACAAAAGAGCAUCCGAUCGCCGCGAAUGCUCCAACUUUGGCGAAAACCAACGGAAAUUCGAGAGUCGGACCAUUCCCACCUCCUCUUUUGCUUGUUGCAACCGAAAAGAUCAAAGAUUCACGGUAUACAAAGGAGGAUCUGACUGCCUGGGCUGCUGAUAUGACGAAUUUCUCCUAUUCGGGAGCUCCUGCAUCGUCUUCAUCCGCUGUCACUGCACGUCGACGACUAGAAGUCUCCAGAAUGUCUGUGAUGUUCCGGACGAGAAGCUGCAACUCGACGACGAGCACGAAAAAUGCGAAAACGACGAAAAUGUUAAUGUCGAUGUCGCUGGUGAUUGCGAAGGUUGAUCCGGCGCAAGGAGUGAUUGUGAUGCAACAUGAUAUCAAGUCGAUUCGAAAAGAGGGUGAACCGAAUAUGGAGGCUCCGCCCCUUAUCAGCAUCACUCCAGUUGGUGGAUGGAUUCUUCAGAGGACAAAGAACAACGCGGAUAUGCAUGCUCCGAUGCCACAGGCCUCACCACUGAUGGCAUUUGCGACGGUGGAAACGGAUAUUCCGAAGAAGACUGGUGAUGAGGAUGUGUGGACUCCUCACGUCGAGACACGCACUUAUCUUCACCCCCAUCGAUGGAUUUGGCAGGGACCGCAAUUCGAGUUGUUCGAGUAUCGAGAGGAUGAUCAGCCGAGUCUGAUGUCUCCUGGGAAUAAGGGAUCGAAUGCUUCGUUCAAGUCGAUUCCAGUUCUUGUUGGAUCAGAGGCCAUGAAUAUUACCAAAAAAGCGAUCCCAGCCGACGCGACACGAAUCGAAUGCGGCAGCUACACAUCUGCCAACUCGUACAACACGGAAACUGGAAGUGAUGCUACGAUUAUUGGUGGAUACAGUAGCACGGCUAAUGGAGAUUUCGUCGCCACCAUCGCCGACGCGAUCCGUGACAUUGCCAGUGACGAUGAGGAUCGGAAGAGUCGACAGAAGCCAGAUGAUCUUCUCGAAGAGUUCUUCGAUACGGAAUCCUCUACACCUUUCGCUAGAAAUGGAUCUGGAUCCUCUGCGACGAAUGGAUCUGCCAAUGGAAAAUCUCUGAAAAAGAAGAAGACUCCACCAGCGUCUGCUCCAAUGCCGGCGACGUCUUCUAUGAUGACUCCUGUGAAACCGGAGAAGGAGAAGAAGAAGGCGUCGAACGGGCGUCCCAGAUUGAAUGAUUCCGACGAUUUUGGCACGUUUGAUAUGGAUGAUAUUUAA